AGUAUCCUGCGUGUAACGAUUUGUCUUGCGACCUUGUUUAUCAAGUGAGUAUCAUUGAUCAGCUGGGACGUUGACCUUGGCGAUACUUUCUGUGAGUAGGUUCCACAGGUAAUGAUGGCAGUGUCGAGUCCAUGUGGGCUAUUUAAAGCUGACUGCAGGGUUGAAGUUGAACCCAGUACACAACCGAACAAUGGUGCAUGACCAAGUAACGUUAACCUUAUGAUUUAAUUAGCAUGCUUUGUAAAUCCAAAUGACGGUGGUUUUUUUGUAUACGUAUUCAAUGCUUCCCUUAUCGCCAGUCGAUGCAUUGUUGAUAAUGACUCUGAUCCUGGCAGACAAGCUUUCUGCCUCUGUAGAGUCUGAGAUUGAUCAUCUACCUCCCGCUUAUGACACCGUGGCGUUGUCAACCCGUGGCAGAGACGUUCCAUCGAUACCCGCCAUCGUCACUGCUCUCACUCACCAUGAUAAGGCAGCUCCCAUUACUAGUACUGUUGUAACGGACGUGCAUGAAUUCGAGCCUCCUCGGAGUCGGCUGUGGGCAAACACGUUGCCCAGGAGCAGGAGCAACAUUGACUUUAUCACACCAGUUACACAACUUCCAAACAAUGCAGCGAUUCCACCAGUAGACGUGGACAAGCCGCUCAAAGAGCGCCCACAACUUUAUUCUCGUAAAACCGUUCCCGCAGAGUCUGCAUCCUUCUCCUACCAGACUGGAAAGCGCAAGCUCACCAAGGCGCGUAGAGCAAAAUCUGGCUCAAGCUCGUGGCUUUCUUUUCUCCCAUUUUCAUCCUCCAAAACUACGAAACAUGACCAUGAGUUCAUGCUUACGCUUAUUCACGACCUCAUCGUUCCUCCGCCAACCAACUCCGGUAACUUGAGUCCAAAAUCCCCGCAAUUGGCCCUAGCAGAUCCACAUGAAAUGCUGGCUUCCUACGCCCAAACAUGUUCUGCGAAGAACCUGUCGCUGUCUACGCUUCUUCAAGAGCCGGAUAUAGCAGGUCACACUGCCAUCUAUUGGGCUAUCGUCAACUAUCGCUCCUCCCUCCUCGAUGCUCUGCUCAAAUAUGCCUCCCCCUUAACCCCUGUGACACUCAGUGAAAUGAGGAAGGCAUGUUUGGUGGCGAGUAAUCAGCCAUUAUUUCACAACCUCAGACUUAGUGUCGGGUUGUGCGCAAGUGGGCUACGGAGUGCUACUGAUGGACUGCUUCUUGGUCAGCGCCCACCAGAUGACGUGCGUGUUGAAGAGGGCCCCGAUGGUGCUUUUGCUGCAACACUGGAUAUUGCGAUGUGGCAGAAACGUAUGCGUGCAGUUGGGAGCGUGAGCGUGGAAUUUAUUGUCUCUGGUCGUAUAUUUGCACUAACCUUCUUUACCACCGAUCGUCCCCGACCCCACUCUAAGUCCACCAAAACCAAAAUAGUAGUAGGGCCCUUGCACGUCUCACUCUCCCUCCUUGAUCACAGUCUACCGACCUACGUGGAUGCAACAGUAGUAAUCGAUGAACCUCCUCCUCUUCCUUCUCUAGGGCCUUGUCCACGUUCACCGAUAAAUUCCUAUUCGCCAAGAGAGCGCAUCCACAGCGCCAAUUUCUCAGGCAGAGAGACGAUGUAUGGCUUUGAGAACGAAGUGGGAUCUGGGGGUUGUGAAACGGACUUCAACUAUGAUGGGCAAGCGCAAUUACCUUCUCCUUCCUCGCUCAGCCCUCCUGCGGUGGUGCUCCAUUUUAGUGCAGGAGAGUCUAUGCUUGCUUGUCGUACGAGGAAUGGAGAUUCAUACACUAUACCUCACGCUACCACCAAACCUGAUACCUGGUCCGAACAUGGUGCAUGGUAUGUCUCUGCGAUCGUAGUGCCACUUGGAGAACAAGAUGGAGCCGGAUUGAUGUUUGACACAUCUCCGCAUAUCACACCUGAUGGCAGUUUACGAGCACGACUAGAGGCGAGGUUGGUGAAAACUGAGGAAGGAGGGAAGAAGUGCAUUAUUUGUUAGUUUGAUGUAGGGAUUCCACCAAUAGACGUGGACAAACCGCUUGAAGAGCGCCCACAACUUUAUUCUCGUAAAACCGUUCCCGCAGAGCCUGCAUCCUUCCACCAGACUGGGAAGCGCAAGCUCACCAAGGCACAUAGAACAAAAUCUGGCCCAAGCUCAUGGCUUUCUUUUCUCCCAUUUUCAUCCUCCAAAACUACGAAAC